CAACUGCCUGCGGCUUGAAACAAUAACACACCAAACCGUAUUUUUAUAAACUCUAAAAUAUUAUCUACUUCCCGGUCAUCAGCGAUUAUUGUUCAGAAUUUACGUUCAUCACAAUUUCAUUCGGUAUUGUCCAUCACUCUAGUCUAGAGAUUUGUCAAGAUCAAUUGUUUUUCCUGUGUUGGUGUUAAUGGGUAAAAAACUUGUGUAACAUCAAGGAAGCAAAUAAUUGAAUUUAAUGUACUUUCGUGCUGCAAAAACUCAAGGAAUAUCGAAGCAAUUUCUGCCAAUCAGGUAAUAAUGUCGAAGGAGCCUAAGGUGGCCUUGAAAGAGGCUAAAACUCUAAUCAAAGAUGGUCACUACAGUGAGGCCUUGAAGAUAUGCCAGAAACUCCUGAAAGAAGACAAGAGCAAUUACCAAGCCCUGUUGGGGCUUGCUGGUGCCAUGAAGGGUCUGGAAGAUUACAAGUCCCAAGUACCCCUGGCCCUGAAAAAAGCCGCCGAGCUCCAGCCGGAGAAUCCUCUCGCGUAUCAAGGCCUGGCAGCCUAUUAUGAAAAAGAGCCGAAUGACGUCGACACCUGGCGUGAACUGAUUCCGGUCUACUGUCAAUUGAUACGAAUCAGCAAGACAUCUCCAAGACUCUCCACGUACCCAAAUGAAAUAUCCAAACUAGCGAUCAACGUGAAAGACCCAGUCCUCACGAGUCAGUCAAUUGAGACAUUAUGGGCUGUGAGGAAUGAAUGUAGUCCAGAGGAAGUAAAAAGUAUUAACGAAUGUCUAGGGAAUAUCUUCCUGAAAUUCCCAGAACUUUCUGCGGAAUAUCCUGAGAUAUACCAGACAUCCGCAGCCUCGAUUACACAAAACGAAUCGUUCUCGAACCACCACGAGUGCUCCAGACAGUACUUGAAGUUCCUGUUUGUCUCCCAACAAUUUGAUUGUCUCCUGAGUGCUGCUGCUAAAAUGCAUCACACCUACCCCAGGGACCUGGCUCCUCUGGAGUGGAUUUGCAAGGUUUACGCCGAGCAGAAGGUAAUUGAGGGAAUGGAUUUCUCCAGGGGAAUGCAAAUUGAUUUCUUUUACAACGAUCUUUUCCAAGCGGACGAGGGAUCGUACCUAGGAUUCUUCGCGAAGGCUAUGCACCUCUGGCAGGAGAAUAAUGUGAUAGACGCCAGGGAUUUAUUGAAUCAGGUUGUUGCCAUUAAUCCUAAACAGUUUUACGCAUGGAUUGCCUUGGCUGAAGCUAAUCAAAUUCUUUACUGCUGGGAAGACGCAGAGAGUGCAGCUUUGGAGGCCUCGAAGUAUCUGAAGAAUAAACAUGUUGAGCUGAAGCGAAGGAUCGAUAUGAUUUUCGUUGAAGCUGUUGUCAGAGGGGGAAACAGGAGUAGGUGUCCCGAUGCCGUAAAGAUUUGCAAGGAAUUGAUGGAGGGAGAUUCUUUAAAGAGUGCCAAGGUUCUGUUAGCUAGGGCGAAGGUACUUCUGGAGGAUCCAGACACCAUGAUUGCAUUGGAUGACCUUGAGAAUGAUCCUGAGACAAGAGGGGUGGGGACAAUACUGCGAGCUCAAGUGUUGAAGAAUGAGGAGCGUUAUGAGGAGGCGGUCGAUGUUCUUGGGAGUGUGCUGGAGACCUCUGAAGCUUGGUUCAUGUUUGGAGAAAUUAACUGGACAUUGUCGAACUUUAAUCAUGCACAUAUGGCAUUUUUGAAGGGACUGCAUGCGGACUCGAAUCACUGGCAGUGUCUCAUGUGGCUGGGGCACUACUAUAGGGAAAAAGGGGGAGAUCUGGAGAAAGCGAGUAAGUGCUAUCAGAGGGUAUUGAGGAUCAUUCCGAAUAAUGAUGAGGCCGGAGCCGGACUGAGUACUGCUUAUCGACUGCUAAAGAAUAGUGAGGCGAAUAUGCAGAUGCUCAAGCGAAUGACUAGCGCAAAGGAUGGAGGGCCGAAAUGGGCUUGGUUGCAACUCGGUUUACAGCAAUUGGACGAGGGUGAAACACGUGAGGCUAUAAAUUCCCUCAGGUACGUGAUAAAAGUUGAUCUAACCGACAAUCACUGCUGGGAAUCACUGGCUGACGCAUAUUGGGCGAGAGGGGCCCACACAUCAGCCCUAAGGUCGUAUCAACGAGCUCUAGAACUCUCCCCGGGCUCUCUCUACCCCAUGAUCCAGACAGCGAACAUAAAUCUGGUGCUGGGGAGACACAUUGAAGCUAAGGAAGCAUUUCUUCAGGUGCUCAGUCAAGAGCAAAGGUAUAUUCCCGCUCUCAAGGGCCUCGCGGAGACCUGUCUGGGUCUGGCUAGGGAACACUCGAAGGCCCAAUUACUGGGGCGAGCACUAAUAAACAUUCAGCAGGCUGUGGACAGUCUCACCGAUGCCGUUGUUGAGAAGUCUAAUCUAUCGUGCAUCUGGAAGUUACUGGGUGAUGCUUGUUACAUGGUGGCAAACUUCCCUGAUAAAUUUUGCUCUCUUGCAGUGGCUGGAAAAUUUUUUAAAACUGAUUGCACCGAGACGAAAGUCCACAUUGGAAGGGCUGAACUAUUUUCACUCUCUGCGAGAUGUUUCUGUCGAGCAUUGAGUAUCUCCAAAGACUCAUCCUUCCUUUGGCAUGACUUGGCCUGCUGCUAUCUCUCGCAGUUGCGUUUCGGCGUCACCACUGACCCCGUGGCUACAGCCGAGAAGAGUCUGGCAGCAGCGAAACAAGCAGUUCGAUUGAACAGUUCUACAUGGGUCCAUUGGAACAUCUUAGGAGUGAUCUGCAUGACCGAUGAGAUAAAGAACUAUGCUCUGGCUCAGCACUGCUGGAUAAUGGCGAUUGACAGAGAACCGAACAAUGCCACCAUCUGGACUAACCUGGGGACUCUCUACCUCUACCUGGGAGAUCCCUACAAGGCCAAUGAAGCCUUCUCCAAGGCCCAACGGGCUGAUCCAGAAUAUAAAAACAGUUGGAUCGGCCAGGGGCUCAUUGCAGAGUCCGUCGACAGGAAGGAGGCGAUGGAUUUGUUCAGACAUGCCACACAACUGGGUUAUCAUCCUCAAGCUGCUGUUGGGUACGCUCACUGGGUGCUAACGACCAUCCUCAACCCUGAUGCUAAGAAGGAUCCUCUCUACAACUAUACCAUUGUUAAUAUGCAUGCUAUCUCCGUGGCCAUUGAUGCAAUGACAUGGUACAUUGAGAGGAAACCUGAAUCUAUGUAUGGGAGAAACGCCUUAGGUCUGCUACUGGAGCGACAGAAGCUGAUGCGUUCCGCCGCAGAGCAAUUCUCUCAUGCCCUGAACCUCUCCGACGAGAAGCACCAAGACAUGGCUCGAGUGAACUAUGCCAGAGUUUUGGUUCACCUGGGGGAGUAUGAGAAAGCCGUGAAGAUGUGUCAGGAGACGAAGACCCCGAGCUUCCGGUCUCACUGCCAGCUGGCCCUGGCCCUUUUUAAGGCCGCAAAGUACGAGGAAUCCUAUGAAGCGUAUGGGACAGCUCUGCAUUCGCUGGCCGAUGCUGGAUCUGAUGAGGCUCAUGUGCUCUGCGCCAUGGCAGCUAUGUCUUAUAUGUUCCAGGGUGCCGAUCAAGUUAAAACCCUUCUCUAUCAGUGUAUACAGAUCCAACCGCCCAUAGUUGCUGGGCUCCUCGCCUCUGCAGCACUCGGACUCCUCCACGAGGACUACAAUCUCACUAGUUUAGUGCUGAAUGAACUACAGGCUUACAAGGAUGAUCCUGAAUACAGACAUCACGUAGCCAUUCUUACUGCUUACUUAUGUCUCACUAAUGACGAUGUCGGGGGAGCUGUCAGGGUGAUCUCCAAGGCUGUACAUCGACAUCCUGAGGAUGUGGGAUCAUGGGUGGGACUUGUGAGAAUUCUACUUGAGACAAAUUACGCCAAUUUUGGAAAUUGCGCGCAGAAGACACUGUUCCUGGGGAGGAAAACGUCAACAGUUGCUGUCGCCCAGGUGGCGUGCAUCUCUUCUUUAGGACAGUUGGCUAUGGAUCGGGAGAAGGGACUGAGAGCUGUACAGAAAACUGUUCACUCCUUCCCGGGGAGUGCUGAGAGCUGGGCCAAUCUUGUCGUUGCACUAUCCCCCAGUUGUGGAAAGAAUAAUGCAACUCCGAAAACUACGUGGUUGGCAGAUCUCAUCCAGGUAAUUCGAAAACAAUUCGAAAUCACACCAGUGAUGGAUGAAUGGCUCACAAAUAACUACAAUCAAUUGAUGAACAUAACACCAGUUCAUUAAUUUUCGUCUUUACUCGCAGGGGAGUUAUUUUUUAUGUAAAAGAUUCAAAUAAACACUCAAUAAAUAUGACACGAUCGAAAAGUU